UUAUAUACGCCUUGAGUGGUAUGAGUGCCACAAGCUACCUGCAAAGACCAAUAGUACUACUCAUCACUGCAAGCACCGACACAAAAUGGACAAAACGACAUCGGAGCUGGGGCUGCCCGGUUUCAGAUUCCACCCUACUGAAGAAGAGCUGCUUGAUUUUUAUCUUAGAAAGAUGGUGCUGGGCAAAAAGCAGUGUUUGAGUAUCAUUGGUUUUCUCAACAUUUAUCAUCAUGAACCUUGGGAUUUGCCUGGGCUGUCUAAGGUUGGGGAGAGAGAGUGGUACUUCUUUGUGCCUAGAGACAGGAAAAAUGGUCACGGCGGGAGACCCAACAGAACAACUGAGAAAGGGUUCUGGAAGGCAACUGGUUCUGACCGGUUGAUCCGAUGCUUGAGAGAUCCUAAAAAGAUAUUGGGUCUGAGAAAAACUUUGGUUUUCUACAAGGGCAGAGCUCCACGAGGGUCCAAGACUGAUUGGAUCAUGAAUGAAUACAGACUUCCCAACACCUCUUCCUCACUUAAGGAGGAUAUAGUGCUUUGCAAGAUCUAUAGGAAGGCAACUUCAUUGAAGGUAAUGGAGCAAAGGGCAGCUAUGGAAGAGGAAUCGAGGAUGUCCCAUCUCACACAUUCAUAUUCCUCUCCUCCAAUACAAGAAAGCUUCUCCUCUCACGACACACAUCAAAACUUUGGGUCAGCAAUGCCUCCGCAUGACAUUGUUCUCAAGGCAGAAGAAGAAGAAGAUGUGGUGUUGACUGAAGAAGAGCAGGAAAAUAGAACAGCUUGUUCGUCUUUAGGAGUGGCAACUGCGAAGGAGAACUUGACGGAGCUUCAAUUGCCCAAGCUCCAUAUGGAUUGGACAGCUGACCCGCUCUGGACUCUGCUAAGAAGCCCGUUGUUAGACAACUCGAGUCCAUACCCAAUGUGGUGAAGCGGCCAGCAUACACAAAUGUGCCUAGGGUGCCCGAUUGGAAUUUUGGAAGGUGAGAGAAAAGAGAAGUAAUUUUGAAAUAAAUCAACUUCUAAAAUUCCUUUCCUUCAUCUUUGUUCUAAUCAUGAAAUAAAUGUUGAAAUUAACUUUAUGAAGUGUAAACGAAAAUGGAUUUAUUUCCAUAGUACUAAUUUUUAUAUACUUCUAUGCACAAGAA